AUGGAAGCUGACCUACUCUCGAAGAUCUCCCUGGGAGGUACCCCAGGACACUUAGCACACAUAUGCAAGAGAGAGGUCAUCCACGCGCCCAGUACAGAAUCCCUCUUGAUCGCAAUGGUAGCCCCAGUAGGCAUCCAAUCCCUGGAUAGUUGGAUAGGAGACCUAACCAGAUACAUCACGAAAGCAGAACUUCCGUCUGAUCCUGUACAGGCCGCAAAAGUCAAGCGAAGGGCCCCAGCCUACCAAUUGGUGGACAACCAGCUGUACAUAAGAUCCUUCGGAGGACCCCUACUAAAAUGCCUCCCACCAAGCGAAGCCAAGCAAGUAAUCGAGGAAGCCCACAGCGGGAUAUGUGCAGCUCACCAGGGAGCGAACACCCUGGCCAGAAAAUUACUGGUCCAAGGAUAUUACUGGCCCAGCAUGAUACAAGAUUGCAUCCAAAUGAUUCAAAGUUGCCAUACUUGUCAAAAGUUUGCAGAAAAGCAAAACCGACCUGCCACCUUCUACACACCGGUCACCACAACCAUACCCUUCGCUAAGUGA